AUAUAUCAUUCAGGAGUAGAGAUCCAUGGCCAUGAGUAUUGUUUUGGAGGUCAUGAAUAUGAAGGCAUUACAGGUGUAUUUGUAGUAGAAGCCAAAAUUGGUCCUCCGGGUGUAUUGUUCAAACAAUCGAUCCACAUGGGUUGUACCGAGUUGUCAGAUGAGGCGAUAGGGCAGGUUCUCAAGGAUCUUUCAAAAGAAUUUAUUGGAACAUCAUACAAUUUGCUCACUCGUAAUUGUAAUCAUUUUACAGAGACACUUGUCCAACGGCUAGUAAAAAAGCCAGCUCCAAAAUGGAUCAACAGAGCUGCCAAACUAGGAACCAUGUUUCCUUGUAUAAUUCCUACAGAAUGGGUUGAGCCACCCGACUUGGAG